AUGGGCCCCUCUGAUGACAUCCUCACUGAUGUCCCAGGGACCGUUUACCUGGUUGACGCCUCUAGGAGCUUGAGAGAUGCUGCACAUGCAGGAAAGCAGGACAUUCUACUAAUCCCUCAGCCAUCAUGCUCAGCAGCUGAUCCUCUUAAUUGGCCAAAGUACAAAAAGUACUGGACACUAUGUCUCAUCUCAGCUUAUGCCUGUGUUAACUCCUUUGGAGAAAACAACUGGGGUGCGUCAUGGACAACAAUCUCCGCUGAGACCGGCGUUACUCUCGAGAACAUGAAUGGCGGCUCUGCUCUCAACUAUCUCAUGCUUGGCUUCUUCAACGUUAUCUGGAUUCCGACGGCGAUGAAGUUUGGACGCAAGAUUGUCUAUAUCUUAAGUCUGAUAUUCGUCGGGGCGACUGGUAUCUGGGGCGCGUUUUAUACUGGGACUACUCAAUACUACCUUAUGCUGUGUAUCAGUGGAAUGGGUACAGCUGCGUACCAGGCCCUCAUCCAGCUCACGAUUUUCGAUACAUUCUUCGCUCACGAACGUGGCCGAAUGAUCGCCAUCUACAUUUUCUUCCAGCAGUUGGGGUCGAUACUUGGACUCAUCUUGGGUGGGUACAUAUCCGACGGCAUAGGCUGGAGAUGGAGUAUGCCCAUUGUUGCAAUUGCGUGUGGGGUCUUGAUCCUGUUAUUCAUUUUUACUUUCGAUGACACCAUGUUCCCACGGUACCGUUUCGCAGCAACACCACCCUCGGAAACCCUGAAGAGUGAGCAAACCUACGAGACUGCACCCGGAAUGCAGUCCGACAAGCGCCAACAAGACGAAUCACAUCUGUCAGUCACCCCAAGCCACAGCGCAGGUGAAAUAGACAUGCCACCCCGGGCAUACAUUCAGAAGAUCGCUCUGGUGCACUACUUCAACGACGACCAGACAACAUGGUUUCAGUAUUUCCGACGACCAUUCUACCUCUUCGCCUUUCCCAACAUCGUCCUAGCCGGCAUCCAAUUCGCGUUCGGUUGCACGGCAGGGAUCGUUUCCUUCAAUACCAUUUCAGAGAUCAUGACGGAAGCGCCUUACAACUGGAGCAAUGGCUCCACCGGCCUAUUAUUUCUCGCUGCUCUUAUCGGCAGUUUCUUUGGAAUGAGCAUCGGAUCCCUCUCCGACUGGCUCGUCCUCUUCCUGGCUCGCCGCAACAAGGGCUACAAAGAACCGGAAAUGCGACUCUGGGCGUACGUCUUUCCGCUCAUCUUCGCCGCUCUGGGCUACUUCAUCUACGGCUGGGGUGCGACGGCCGGAGCCCACUGGAUGACCAUCGGUGUCGGGCUAUGCUGCAUGAUAGCCCACCAGGUCUCGGCGACUAGCAUCGCGACAGCUUAUGCUAUGGAAUGCUUUGACCAGAUUUCCGGUGAGCUCGUCAUCGUACUGGCUAUAUGCUCUUCUGUUAUCAACUUUGCCAUCUCCUUCACGGUGCAACACUUCAUUAAUGCUACGAAUUACGGCUGGGCUUUUACCUUUUAUGGUAUCUGCGUGGUUCUCUCUAUGGUGAUGGGCGUGCCGAUGCUCAUCUGGGGAAAGAGCUGGCGCCGGCGGGGCAAGGCGCGAUACGAGAAGUUUUUGGCGGAGACGGGACGUCGGUCUUGA